AUGGAUGUCGGGGUGAAUUUGAUUAAUUUGGAUAAAUGGAGGGAGCAUAAUGUUACCGAGAACUAUCUGUUGCUCAUGAAAAAGUUCAAAGUCAAGGAUGAGCUGUCCUAUGACGGCAAAGACAUUUCCUCUAAGCUUGCUAUCCUUGCAACAUCUAAUAUAUCCCCUAGAUGA